AUGCCUUUGGGCCCCAAAGUUCGCCGCCCAUCUCCACUCACUUUGGCAGUGGAUGGUGAGUUGUCUGUCAGCAAACCUCACUCCGCCUCAUCGAAGUACAACAGACCUGAUGCUAGGCCUCGGAAGUUUGGUUCUGAUAUGCUUGAGAGUAAUGAACGCUGGCAAAAGAUCAUGUUUGCGAGGGAGUGGGUUAUGCAGGAGUAA